AUGCCGCACCGUAUAAGAACCACGACAUUCGGCUCCCUGAGCUUCUCCCUUUCCUCCCACUUCCCACUUAACCACGGCUAUAUCUGGUCAUCCCCGCGCACCAUGCCCAAGGAAGCUCGCAAGCGCACCGCUACACGAACUAGGACCGCUCCUGAGAUCCUGUCGCGAUCGAAUCAAGCGUCGAACCAAGCUCGUUCUCGCCGCGGCGAAGCUUUGCGUCUCGCUACUUCGGGACAUUCGUUAUUGGAGCGGUUCGAGAGCUUGCAUCAGCUUGAAGAUCUCCAUGGUGCGAUAGCUGCGCAAGAGCGAGCCGCCGAACUCAUGCAUGAGGGGCAUCCCCGCUGGCUGUAUCUUGCAGAUGACCUUGCUUCUAGCCUACGGCACCGUUUCGAGAACCUUGGCACGUUGUGUGACAUAGACCGUGCGAUUGCACUCCAAGAACGUGCCCUUGAGCUUACUGCCGAAGAGAACUCCAAUCGGCCGUGGAGGCUCGACUGCCAUGCGACUUGUCUUCGUCUACGCUACGAGACUAUCGGCACGCUUCGUGAUCUCGAGAGAGCAAUUACAACGCAGAGACUUGCACUAACGCUGGCAGCUGAUGCUUCGGACGCUCGACCUGUUUACCUCGCCAACCUCGCCAAUUCUCUGGGGUUCCGCUUCAAGCGCCUCGGCGAGCUUCGUGACCUGGAAGAAGCGAUUGCCGCAGACAAGCUCGCCAUCGAUCUCACGCCCGAAUGCCAUCCCGACCGACCACGGCGAUUGAGCAACCUCGCCGUUUUUCUGCGGUUCCGCUUUGACCGCCUCGGCGAGCCUCGUGACCUGGAAGAAGCGAUUGCCGCAGGCAAGCUUGCUGUUGAUCUCACGCCCGAAGGCCAUUUCGAGCGAGCACGGCGAUUGAGCAACCUCGCCCUUUCUCUGCGGUCCCGCUUUCAACGCCUCGGCGAGCUUCGCGACCUGGAAGAAGCGAUUGCCGCACACAAGCUCGCUGUUGAUCUCACGCCCGAAGGCCAUCCCGACCGACCACGGCAAUUGAGCAACCUCGCCAGUUCUCUGCGGGCCCGGUUUGAACACCUCGGCGAGCUUCGUGACCUGGAAGAAGCGAUCGCUGCAAACAAGCUCGCCGUCAAUCUCACGCCUGAAGGCCAUCCCGACCGAGCACGGCUUUCGAGCAACCUCGCCAAUUCUCUGCGGACCCGCUUUGAGCGCCUCGGCGAGCUUCGCGACCUGGAAGAAGCGAUUGCCGCAACCAAGCUCGCUGUCGAUCUCACGCCCGAAGGCCAUCCCGACCGAACAGACAGGUUAUGGCAAAUGGGGUACUUAGUGAAGGCAUUGCUUGCGAUUAAACCAAGCAAAAUACGCUUCGACGCAGCGCUCGAGCAAAUGAUGAAGGCAACGGUACAAACACUCGGUUAUCCAGCAUCACGAUUGAAAUCAGCUCAGGCAUGUAUAUCAUUACUAUCGGAAUACCCGCAGUUUAGCUCUGCGGAACUGGUGCUUGAGGCUCACGCCAAGAUCAUCCAGAUCUUUCCUGAGAUCGUGUGGCUUGGGCAUAGUCUCGAGCGCCGAUAUAGCGAAUCGGCUAGGCUCGGAAGCGAGGUCAAUUCAGCGAUUGCUGCUUUCAUCAGGUUGCGUUCGAGAUACCAGGCCAUCGAGUGGAUGGAAGCCGGAAGAUCCCUCGUCUGGUCGCAGAUGUUCUCUUUGCGCCAGCCCUUGGAGGAUUUGGAAAGGGUACACCCAGAACUAGCCUCGAACCUGCGGCAGAUCUCGUUGUCGCUCCAGCACUCGGAUAGCUCAUCUCAGCCCACGCCGGCACAGUUUCGCCACGGUAGUGAACGCCCUGGCCCAGUAGUUGCCGGCACUGCUCACGGUAUGACUACAACUGCCGAUGAAGGAGCCGCACCUUCUUCGGUAGACCGUCGCAGGCAAUUGGCCAUCGAUUAUGACGAUCUUCUGAGAAACAUUCGCCGCCAAGAGGGAUUCGAAGACUUCCUGCGUCCCGCGAAGAUCAAUAGUCUACUUACAUCCAUCGAACACCUCGACGGGCCCGUCGUUUUCAUCAACGUGCACUCGUCUUCUUGUGAUGCCCUUGUACUCUUUCCGAACGGCGGGAUUGAGCAUAUAGGGUUACCCAAGCUCAGCGAGAGCCGGGCGCAGGGAUUACGCUCGACCUGGACCGAGUUUCUACGGUCAUCUGGGCUGCGCGUGCGCGGUGUUAUACCGGCUGGUAGGCUCGUAAAGGGUCGUAUGAAUAUGUUGGGCAAGGUCCUUAAACAACUAUGGACAUGUAUUGUGAGGCCCAUUCUCAAAGCACUGCAUUUCCUGAACGAUGCACCUUCCGCUGAACACGCGCUUCCUCAUAUCACCUGGUGUGCCACUGGGCCAUUAACGCAAUUACCUCUCCAUGCCGCGGGCAUCUACGAUCAUCCGCAAAGCCUUUCACACACAUACGAUUUCGUGGUUUCAUCAUGUACGCCGUCCCUUUCGGCACUCCUGCGCUGCCACAGACAACCAGGAACCCGCCAGCAGGUCACCCGCCCGAACGUGUUAAUCGUCGCACAGCCCGACACACCUACGUACGCCUCUCUGCCUCACACGAAGGACGAGUGUGAGCGACUGCGCGCAGCCAUGUCUGAACGAGCGUACACCUUCGACUCCCUGGUGCACGAGCAGGGCACCGUAGCAAAUGCUCUUCACGGUAUUGGACAUCAUCACUGGGUCCAUCUCGCAUGUCAUGGAAAGCAGAGUGCGGUCAGCCCUACGCAGAGUGCAUUCGUGCUGUAUGACGGCCAGCUGACGUUGGCCGCUCUGAUGGGCACGGUUGCAGAGAACGCGGAGCUCGCGUUCCUCUCUGCAUGUCAGACCGCUGUCGGCGACGAGAAGAUCCCCGAGGAAUCUGCCCACCUUGCGGCGGGAAUGCUAGCAGUAGGCUUCAAGGGCGUCAUCGGGACGAUGUGGUCUAUCUGGGACGCAGACGCGCCGAUCAUCGUGGAGGCGUAUUAUGGACGGCUUCACAAGUUGCGGAACUCCGGAAGAGAUGGUGAUAUCGCUCCGGGAUAUACGGGAGCAGCGUAUGCACUACAUGAUGCGGUCAAGGUUUUGAGGGAGCGGGUGGGCGAGCAGAACUUCAUGCAAUGGGCUUCAUUCGUGCAUUUCGGUGUUUAA